AUGACCAAAAUUAUUUGGAAGGAAAUCAAAGAGAAGCUAAUCCUGCCAUACUUGGAUCUGAAUAUAAAGUACUUCGAUCUGUCAAUCGAAAAUCGAGAUAAAACCAACGACCAAGUGACGUUAGAAGCAGCAGAAGAAAUAAAGAAAUCAUCGGUAGGAAUUAAAUGUGCAACAAUUACACCAGAUGCAGCUAGGGUUAAAGAAUUUAACUUAAAAAAAAUGUGGAAAAGUCCAAAUGGAACCAUAAGAAACAUAUUAGACGGUACAGUAUUCAGAGCCCCCAUUUUGAUAAAAAAUAUCCCGAGGUUAAUUCCCAAUUGGAAGAAGCCAAUCAUCAUAGGAAGGCAUGCUUAUGCGGAUCAGUACAAGCAGAAGUCCUUGAAGAUUGAAAAAAGUGGAAAAUUCGAAAUUGUUUUUACACCAGAUGAUAACUCCCAAGUUAUGAGAGAAGAAAUUUUCCACUUCAAAUCACCAGGGGUUUGUCUAGGAAUGUACAACACUGAAGAGUCCAUCACAAAUUUUGCUCUUUCGUGUUUUCAGUAUGCACUAGAUUUAAAGAUGCCUGUUUAUAUGAGUACGAAAAGUACUAUACUCAAAAUAUACGAUGGGCUAUUUAUGGAAAUUUUCCAAAAAAUUUAUGACCAAAAAUUUCGCACAGCAUUUGAGCAGAACAACUUAUGGUAUGAACACAAGCUGAUCGAUGACAUGGUUGCUCAAGUACUCAAAUCAGAAGGGGGAUUUGUAUGGGCUUGUAAAAAUUACGAUGGAGAUAUCCAAUCCGAUGCAGUUGCACAAGGUUAUGGGAGCUUAGGUCUAAUGAGCUCCAUUCUAAUGUGCCCAGAUGGAGUAACGUGUGUGUCAGAAGCAGCACAUGGAACAGUUACACGACAUUAUCGUUGUCAUCAAAGAGGAGAAAAAACAUCUACCAACCCUAUUGCUUCUAUCUUUGCCUGGACCAGGGGAUUACAACAUAGAGCCAAAUUAGAUAACAACCAGCCUCUUCAAUUAUUCUGUUAUGCUCUCGAAAGGGCUUGCAUAGAAACUGUAGAGGAUGGACUAAUGCCAAAGGACCUUGCUGCCUGCAUAAAGGGACUUAAAAAUGUCACAGAGAAGGACUACCUCUUCACGGAUGAUUUCAUUAAUGCCAUUAAUGAGAAACUGAAAUUGAAGCUGCUCGCAAAUCAGGCGAAAAAUGACGCCCAGGCAGCCACCACCACCAAGCUGCAAAACGAGAACUGGAACAAUUAUGCCCCGCAGGAGCAUUCG